AUGGAAGGCAUGGAGAGCUUCAUGAGUCAGAUGGGUCAAGGAGGAGAGGCUCCACCUGACUCGGAUGACGAGAGCGAUGCCGAUGAUCUUCCGGACCUCGACGAGCCAGUAGCUACUGAAGAGGAGCAGAGGAAGGUGGUCAAGGAGGAUGAUGAUAAGGAAAAUGACAAGAAGACGAGUUCGAAGGUGGUAGAGGCUUAA